AUGAGACCCGUGUGUCGAGAACGUGCACAUUAUCUUGGAGGACACGGUGGACUCGUUGUGGCGAACUUUGGAAUUGGUGACGGUGGAUACCGGUGUCAUGUGAAUCUUCAAAAAUUCCUCUCGGAGAGGCUACUGUGUGUGGACAAUGUUAGGAGGACCACUUGUGGUUUUCCUGCCUGCCCACAACUCAUGAGCCACUUCUUCUUCCUCUGCAUUGCAGUAGUCAUUCCACAAUGCGACAAAAAACGAGUAGUCGCUGCCCCAUUCGCUAGU